CCCUGGAAGUGUUGCUGGUCUCUGCGCAGCCGCGGACCAUGAGCACCAUGAGGCCGGGCGGCUGGCGGAGCUCGGGGCCGCAGACCUGGCUCCGCUUCCUGGACGCGCAGGUGGCGGUGACGACGGUGACGGGAGAGCAGCUCCGCGGCUGGCUGCUCUCCGUGGACCCGGUGUCCGCCAGCUUGGUCCUGGUCAACUUCCAGGAGUCGGGCUCCUCCGUCCGCGUGGUGCUGGGUCACGCUGUGGAGGACGUGCAGGUUCUGCAGGCGGCGGACGAGGAGACGGCAGAGCGACUUCAGACCACCUUCCUCUCCACGGCGACCGUCCCCUUGGACCCCGCGGAGCUGAGGGCCAGGCGGGCCGCGGUCCGCCGCUGGCUGGAGCAGAACCGGGUUCCUGUGGUGGAGGAGGACGAGGAGCUGAGGGUGGCCGGGGUCCUGACGGUCCUGGCUCCGUACGGACCCGACGACUGCUGCAGCGCCAACCAGAUCAUCCUGGACCGCAUCCAGAGACUGAUCCGGAUCCAACCGGACCCUCCAGGGCCGUGGCCAGAGACUCAUCCGGAUCCAACCGGAUCAUCCUGGACCACAUCCAGAGACUGAUCCGGAUCCAACCGGACCUUCCGGGGCCGCGGCCAGAGACUGAUCCGGAUCCAGAGACUGAUCCGGAUCCAGAGACUGAUCCGGAUCCAGAGACUGAUCCGGAUCCAGAGACUGAUCCGGAUCCAGAGACUGAUCCGGAUCCAGAGACUGAUCUGGAUCCAGAGACUGAUCCGGAUCCAGAGACUGAUCCGGAUCCAGAGACUGAUCCGGAUCCAGAGACUGAUCCGUCUAGUCGGUCCAGCUGAGUGCUGGUCCACUGAGUCGUCUUGUCCAAUGAAAGUUCACCGUACUUCUGGUAAUCAUCAGUCUGGGUUAAUUUUCUGGAAUUGUCUUUUUUAUUUCUCAGAUAACUAGUUUAAUUAUAUUUGAUUAAUAAAGUAAUUUCAAAAUAAAAGCACACAGAAUGAGA